AUGCCCCAAUCUACUGGUGAUAGUGAAUCAAGUGAGAAGGCUAGAUUUGUAGUAAAGGGUUAUACUCAUACUUAUGAAGUGGAGUACUUGGAGACCUUUGCUCUAAUAGCAAAGCUCAAUACUGUGCGUGUACUCUUGUCCCUGGCUGCUAAUCAUGACUGCCCCUUGUUGCAGUUUGAUGUCAAAAAUGCAUUCCUACAUGGUCACCUCAAGGAAGAAAUAUACAUGGAUAUUCCUCAUGGUAUUCUUAUAUGGAUGAAAGCAAUCUCCAAGAGCAUAGUUUGGGAAGUUUGUUGUAUCUAUGAAGAAAUUUGGAAGUAUCUGGCUUCCGAGUUUAAGAUGAAGUCAUUGAGUGACUUGAAGUACUUUCUUAGGAUUGAAGUUGCUAGAUCUAAGCAUGCUCAUACACCUCCUGAUAUUGCAGAUGCAGUGAGUGUAGUGAUUCAGUUUAUGCAUUAUCCUAGUAAAGAUCGUAUGGGUGCUGUGAUGCAUAUUCAAAGGUAUCUGAAAGUAACUCAUGGCAAGGGGUUAAUGUUUUCCAAGUAUAGUCAUACAGAUGUGGAAGGGUGUACAGAUGUCGAUUGGGCUGGUUCAAGGAGUAAAAAGCAAAAAGUGGUGUCUCGGUCUAGUGCCAAAGCCGAGUAUUGUAAGAUGGCUCAAGGUGUAUGUGAGUUACUAUGGUUAAGGAGAUUGUUGGGAGAUCUUGGGUUUGAGCCGCAGAAACCCAUGGAUUUGUAUUGUGAUAAUAAAGCUGCAACUGUGAUUGCUCAUAACCCAGUGCAACAUGAUCAUACAAAGCAUGUGGAGGUUGAUCGGCAUUUUAUUAAAGAGAAGUUGGAUACUAAGAUUAUUUCUUUUCAGUUCAUAUCAUCUGAGUAUCAGCUUGCAGAUGUUCUUAUAAAAGCUGUGUCUACUAUUGUCUUUCUCAACUUGCUUGACAAGUUGGGCAUGCGUGACAUCUUUGCUCCAACUUGA